AUGGACGGGACAAACAAAAAAAAUUUGGAAAAAGUUGAUACUCGUGGAAAAGAAGUGAAAAUUUUAACAAUCCCUGCAGGAACAACAGGUCAAAUACAACCCCUUGAUGUUUACGGGUUUAGACCUUGGAAAAACUUCGUUAAACAUUUUUCCGAUUCAGUAAUCCUUUAUGACUUUGAGGUGAAUUUGCAUUUGAGAAAUAACAUCUUGAAACUGCAGUCUGUAACACACAACCAGUUAUCAUCUCCAAGAUUUAUUAACCUCUUUAAGUAUGGAUGGUACAAAAGUGGUUACAUUUUGGAAAAACCGCCUAAAUGCGAUACACCUGUUGCUUAUUGCUUCAAAAGCUGCGACACCGUUUGUCAUUAUUGUGGAGACAAUGCUUUUUUUAGAUGUGCCUGGUGUACCAAAUUUAUGUGUUUUGAACACUUUUUCGACCCAAGAAACGAAAGUUCUCCUCAUUAUUGUCAAAAUUAUGAGCAAUAAUUUAAAAACUGACAA